AUGAUAGUCUUAUUAACUGCCUUCCUGGUUGUUCAAAUUAGUGCCGAAACCUCAAACCCAGAUUGUUCGACGGCGUCGUGUGUUUUAUGUUCCACAGACAGUACUACGUGUUCUGGGUGUAAAACAAAUUACAUAUUGAAAGAUGGUGUAUGCAUUCACAAAAGUGCUCUUAAUUGUGCUCAAGUAUAUGAAGACACAUGUCAACAAUGUGAAAUUGGAUAUAAACUCGAUCAAACCACAAAGGGCUGUGUUGAGGGAACAGAUGGAUGUCUGUCUUAUAAUACAAAUGGCCGAUGUGUGACGUGUUACUUCAACUAUCUCUUAGUCAACGAAGUCUGCACCCAGUGUGAAGAAGUUGCGCAUUGCACUACUUAUGAUGGAAAUUGCAAAUGCACUGAAUGUGCUCUUAACUAUUACCCAACAGCUCAAAACACGUGUGAGACAAGUGAUAUAUACUGCACGGCUUAUGACUCCCCUGACCAUCCAUAUCAGUGCAAGUCUUGUGUCACAGGGUUCUACUUAAACACUUCCACGUACACGUGUGAACAGGGCGCCACGCCUUAUUGUAACAUUUACACUGAAACAGCCAGCGAAGCGGCGACGUGUGUUGAGUGUCUUCCUAGCUAUAUUUUGAUGGAUGACAAUACAUGUACAAGUGCAACAGAAAUCUAUGGAGAGCACUGCCUCUUCUCUUCUUCGAAGGUAGAAUGCACUGAUUGUGACGAUGGAUUUUAUUCGGCAGAAAAGACGUGUAAGAGUUGUUUUGAACAUUGCGCUGUAUGCUCUUCUGAAGUGUGCCAGACGUGUGAGAGUGCUUAUGCCUAUGACACUGAGACGAAAAAGUGUGAAGAUGGUACAUGUUUGAAAAGCCCCAACGAAGCGUACAAAUGCAAUGAAUUAGCUGAGAGUGAAGAAGCGUGUUCUGCGUCAGGACAAAACUGUGUAUUUGAGACUGUGAAUGACAACACUUUUAUGUGUCUUUACAAAGGGAGUAAUUGCACCUCAUGGGAUGUAGCUGGUGAUUGUGAGCAAUGUAGAAGUUCUGAGUAUAAAAGAGAUUCUACGAACACCAAAAUUUGUGUUCCACGCACAGAGAAUUGUAAGACGUAUGGCGUUGGGUUAUCUGGUUUAACAAAAUGUGUUGAGUGCCUUGCUGGGUAUUUCAUGAAUGACGACUUCACGUGUUCCAAGUGUGACGCCGUGUGUUCCGACCGCUGUGAGUACCAAUCGAAUUAUUGUGCGGAAUACACGUGCACUGAUUUCGUGUGUACAAAAUGCACAGAGACUGUUGGGAAGUGCGAGAAGUGUCUUUACAACAAAGUGACUGAGAAGAACACAUGUGGGCCAAUUGUAUGUACGGAACCUUUAACUGAUGGGAACUGUGGGGCCUGUGCAAAGUACUCUGAAGAGACUAAAAUUGUUCAUCAAUACACAGACCCUACGCAAGUCCCAGUUACUAUUGAAUAUUACUUGCCUGGGUUGGACUUGAACUGCUUCACUGACAACACUCAAAGCUCGAGCGAACUCUCUGAGAGCUCGGAAGAAGAUUUGACCUGGCUCUGGAUCACUUUGGGGGUUGUGGGUGGUGUGUUACUUAUUGCCGUUAUUAUCUUAGUAGUCGUUGUGGUCAUCAUUACUAUCAAGAAAAAGAAAGGUUCAGAAUAUUCAAAGAUCGAACAGUGA